CACCCCAGUAUGAGGGUAAGGUGCGAGACUGGCACGAGUCAACAAAAAUGGCGGAUGGAAAUGACAAGAUAUUCGAGACGUGGUUGCAGAAAUUUUGCGAUUCCUUUGUAAAAUUAACAGACACUCAGAAAAACUGUACAAUUGAGAGACUCAUACCACAAUGUGGACCAGAGCAAUUGAGACUUUUAUCCACGAAGCUCGAAAUUCUUGUGAAAAGGGACUUUUUCAAAAGCCUACCACUAGAGUUGGGCGUCCAUAUUUUAAAAUGGCUUGACGUCCGUUCGCUGUGUAUUUGUUGUCUUGUGUGCAAAACAUGGAAUAAGGUGAUAAGCAGCUGUCACGACGUGUGGCACACGGCAUGUGAGCGUCUUGGGUUCGCUUCACUUCAAGAAAAGGAAAAAGACAUUCACUGGAAGCGCGUUUAUGCAAAGGGCAUGAAACGGGUGCAAGGCUUGCAGGAUAAAGGCGCGUUUAAGGUGUCUUAUUUAUUUGGACAUACUGCGAGGGUAUUUGCUCUUUCAUGUCGGGGUAAUUUAAUGGCUACAGGUUCAGAUGAUAGAUCAGUACGCCUAUGGGAUAUUCAAUCUGGUCACUGCCUGCACGUUCUCUCUACCCACACCUGUGCCGACAUCCUUUUUGACAAUGCCCAUGUCCUGACUGCUUCCUUUGAUAACACUGUGGGAUUAUGGGAAUGGCAGACUGGUCAACAGUUGCAGUGUUACCAUGGUCACACAGGAGCAGUGUUUUGUGUUGACUGGUGUGAAAGGCUGGAUCUGAUUGUGUCUGGGUCAGCAGAUACCACCAUUAAAUCCUGGGGCUGGUCCUCAGGAGCUUGUCUCAUGACAAGAUAUGGCCAUUCUGAUUGGGUAAUCAAGGUUAUGCUUAUGAGUUCAGCUGUAAACUCUUUGACUCAUGACAAGGGUGAGGUUGUCCUGCUAAGCAUGGAUAAAAAGUCCAUAAAGGUGUGGUCACUGGAAGAAGCUGAGCCUUGUGCGACUCUUUUCUCUAAUGAUGACAACAUCAGUCUCCACCCGCGUCUCCAGUUUGAUGGCCGGUUUAUCACAUGUGCCUCUGAGGCUGGCAUUCAUCUAUGGAACUUUGAGAACUUACAGCUUGUGAGGUUGUUUGAAGAUUCACCUGCCAAAUGGCUUGUGGAAUAUGGAGAAUUAUUCACCCUACUCUUAGAUGCCAGCAACUUACACAUAACACGGACACAAAGCCAACGGACUAUUACGUCAUUUCCGCUUCCGCCUUUCCGACGUUCAGUGAGAGGAUCCAACUUUACUUCUGGCUUCUCUGAUUGGCUGAACAGUCUAAAUCCCGUCAUUCAGGACAAACUCGUUUUUGCUGCAAGCAUGCCAGACCAUAGUAUUCUUCUGCUGAAAUUCAGUGAGGUUACGUAAGAAAGCAGUGUCUGCUAAAAAAUAUCCAUACUAAAGUUUUUUCUUAAUUCUAGAAUGAUAAAAAUUUCUAUAAUUAUAUAAUGUAUAAUAUUUUUAGCUGAUGUCCAUCUUAAAUCUAAAAAAACAAUUAAACAUCUAUUAUUUAAUAAUUAUGUUUAACGAAUGAUUUGUUUUAUGAUUUUAUCUAUUUAUAUAAUCUGUGUUUUUGUCUAUACCAAGAUUGCUUGAUUGAAUUUGA